AUGUCCUUGAUUUACCAAGGACGGCGAAUGGACAGCAUGUUCACGGAACGGAACCCUAAAAUACAUAAGGCGUUAAAAAGCUCAGUGGCGCAGAUAUUCUCCAUGACAAAUAUGCGGAAUUUCGAGGUGUAUGCCGAUGAAUGUAGCGCCAUCUUCCUAGAUGCGAUGCGCGAUCUUGAAGGGCAGAGGUUAGACCUGGCACAUUGGCUACAGUGGUAUGCCUUUGAUGUUAUCGGUAGCAUCACAUUUCAACGGCGAUUCGGCUUCUUAGAGAGAAGGCAUGAUGUUGACGAGAUGAUCAACAAGAUCAACCACGGCCUCGAAUUAGUCAAGAACAUUGGGCAGUCCGAAUGCUUGGUUGCACUGUUCGACAGAUUGUAUGCCAAUUCCUGGAUCAGGGAAAGCUAUUGGCCUGACACAAUGGAUAAGUUCUUGAAAGUUACCGAGAAAGAACUAGAUAAAUAUGAUCGCAGUCCAAAAGAAUCUUCUAGGACAGACUUUCUAUCUCAGCUACGAGAAAAGCAGGACAAGACCGGCAAAAUAACACACAGAGAUAUGAUAAAUCAUCUUUCAAACAAUCUUCUCGCGGGGAGUGAUACCACAGGUAUCUCCCUGCGUGCUGUAGUUUAUUUCGUCAUCAGAACUCCACGGGUCUAUGAGAAACUACAGAGAGAAAUUGACGACGCUGAUCAGGCCGGCCAACUCUCUGAGUAUGUGACAUAUCAAGAGUCGUUGGAACUGCCAUACUUUCAAGCUACAUUGAAAGAGGCUAUGCGGAUGCAUCCUGCCGUAGGAUUCCCUUUGGAGAGAUAUGUACCUGAAGAAGGUGCAGAAAUCUGUGGCUACAAUCUUCCAGCCGGCACUAAUAUCAGCACUCCGGCGCCAUUGAUGCAUAUGAACAAGGACGUUUUUGGUAACGACGCCCAGAUAUUUCGACCUGAAAGAUGGCUGGAGGCUUCCCCCGAGCAGCUGAGUCUCAUGGAUCGCACCUUUAUCGCGUUUGGACACGGUUCUCGAACUUGCAUCGGUAAAAAUAUAUCCCUCAUGGAGAUGGGCAAGCUAAUCCCACAGUUCUUUCGUCAUUUCGAUAUUGAGUGGGCUUCAGAGCAGUCAGAGUGGCAUAUACAUGCCGCCUGGUUUUGGAAGCAGUCAGAAUUGUUUGUGAGGCUUAAGAGACGUCAAGCAAAAGAAUGCCGUGCGACAACUGAACGAGAGAUUUAUAAGUAA